AUGGCCGAUCCGUCCCACUUCGCGGAUCCCUUUUGGGAACCCCAGGAUCAGAUCCCUGUUGAACUCGACACUCAACCCCAAAUCAGCCCCUUCAAACCCGCCAAUCUUCUUCUAUCCUCAAUCUCGUCUUCCUGGAAGACUACCCCCGUCGGAAUUGACUUUGCCGUCGGAGGUCUUGGUACCAUUGCUGCCAAAGCUGAUUCUCCCAAAGAAUGUGUUACUUUUACCAUUCGCCCCGAAAAGCGAAAGGAACAGCCGACUCUCAAGCUGGAAAUCACAAAGACUGACUGCGUUCUGUCAAAGAAGGAUAAAGAUGCUGACAAGUUUGUCGCGUAUAAAGAAAAGCUUACUUUUAAGCCUGGCGAAGAUAGGAGCAAGGCCUAUGACCUUGUCACGUUUCCGAAAGGAAAAGCUUCAGCUUUGCUUGACACAGUGACCAAGAAGGCCACUUACUGGAUCUCCGUUGACAGAAGUAAUGCUCGCAUCCGGUAUGGCCAAUCUCUGAUCAACAAUUCCAUGACUUUCAUGGAGAUACAGUUCGAAAAGAAGAAUGCUGCCUGGAUGGAUAACCUCGUUUCCACCGAGGUUGAGCAAGAUGAUUCUCCAAUUUCCAGCCAAGACAUCAAGUACAAGCGGCACCCUGUCACAGUCGAUCUGCCGCCUGUGGUCAUCCCUCAGUCGGAGAUGACGCUCGACAUACUGGAGAACAUGACAGCCAUGACGUUUGCCAAUUUGCCCCAAGCUUGUCAGAAGCUCUACCAUAAUAUUUCCGGUGCCAAGAUUACUGCUAGACCGGAAAAAUUCAAGAAUCUGCCUGAAGCCAUCGACGAGAGCUGUAGAGACGAGAAGAAGUACUGCGGUGGCAUCCUUAAGAACAAGAACACCUUUAAAGAUCCAACCGAGACCUAUCUUCGCAUCACAAUUGGUGAUAAUCUUGCCGAUUCACCCGGCAUUCCCUAUGUAAUGGAGAUCUGGCCCCCAGGUCACAAGUCGCCCAUUCAUCAGCACGGCGACGCUUCAGCGGUCAUCAGAGUCCUCUACGGAAAGAUCCAAGUGUCUUGGUUCGACAAGGUCGAAGAGAAAAGUCCGUCACAGCUGAUUGGCAACCCAGUGAAUCUUGAAGAAGGCAAGGUUACUUGGCUCGGUAAGGACCAGUAUCAGGUCCAUCAACUGGAGAACACCUCGGACAAGGUUUGCAUCACUCUUCAGUGCUAUCAGUUCGACGAUGAUGAUAAGGUCCAUGACGAGGCGUUUUAUUGGAAGGAUAAGGAUGGGCAUAGAAACAAGUUCAUUCCGAACAGUGAUAGUGCUUAUGGACUGUUCGUGCAGAAGGUCAAGGCUGAGUGGGAGGAAUCACACCCAGCUAAGCCUUGA